AUGGCCACUCGGGCGGCGGCAGGCGCCGACGGCGGCCUGGAGCCGUGCGACGGUGCGCCGCACAGCAUGCCCUCGCAGCCCGAGCCAGAGCCAUGGCAACCACGUGUCCACACAGGCUUCCCCUUCGCCCUGCGAAUCGGCGCUACGGGCCUGGGCGCGGGCGCCGGCUGUGGAUUUGGGAUCGGGCUCGGCAGGCCGCUGGCGCUGGGGGGGCUGCCGGUUGCUGGCCAGGCCGUCCAAGGACUAGGUGCAGGCCUGGCGCCGCUGCAAGGUGUUGCGGCGGAAGCGCGCCGCCGCGUCCUGGCAAUGGGCCUGCCCGGCGUAGAUGCCGGGCUCGGCUGUGGCGUGGGCGUGGGAUGGGGCUUCUUCGCAGCGGGCGUGCUGGUCAAACCAUCUGCGUGGGAGGCGCUCGCAGAGUGCGCUCAGCGGCUCGCAGGCUCGGCGGCUGACACAGUUAUGUCGUCGCUGCAUUCGGCCGGCGUCACCCUGCCGUCCCAAACUCCGUGGUUGAUGGGCCCCACUGGCACAACUGGCCUGGCCGCGCGUUCCUUUGCGGCCCCCAUCCGGCCUGGCAUCUUGAGCGGCGGCGGCGCUGUCAGCUCAUUGGCGCACCCCGAGCAGCUACCGGGGCCGGGGCGCACGCCGCCGCAGGCCGACCACCUGCGACAGGCGAAGGACGGCAGCUUCACUGAUGGCGGCAUGGCCUCGCUGCGAUCGGUAUGGGCACUCAGUGAUACUCAACCAAGGCUGCGACAUUUCGCAGUGGGCCUGGCGGUGGGUGGCGCUCUUGGCGUCGGUGGCGCGCUCGUCUACCUGAGAAACGGCGCAUCCCGGCCCGCCAGCCCAGCGUGGCAGCUCGCAGGCCGCGGGUCUACGGACCAGGACCUGUCCCACCCGGCCAUCAAGUUUGGCAUCCCGCAGACGGAGCAGCUGCGCUUCUUCUCCGGCUUUGUGUCGUGCCUCGACGGCGCCACGCGCAACCCCAAGUGGGUCCUGGAGCACAUCACAAAGGACUCCCUCAAGGGGGAGGGCACCAGGGACCAGUCGCUGUUUUACGAGGACCCCGGGGCCGAUGCGCGAUUCAGGUCAAAACUGUCCGACUUCCAGGACUCUGGCUAUGACAGGGGCCACAUGGCGCCGGCGGCCAACCACAAGGCGUCCCAAAAGGCAAUGGACGAGACCUUUGCCCUCAGCAACAUUUCGCCCCAGGUGGGUGUCGGGUUCAACCGCGACUACUGGGCGCGCUUCGAGAAGUUUGUCAAGGAUGUGGUGCGCCAGUCUGACGGCGUGUACAUAGUGACGGGGCCCCUCUACCUGCCGACGCCGGAGGCCGACCCGGCCAGCGGCAGGACGGGGUGGCGCAUGCAGUACCCCUUGAUAG